AUGAACCGUGCAACCGUGUUUUUUGUUCUAGUCAGCUUAAGCAUAACGUGGGGGGAGAUGGGGACGUGUGGGAACUGUGCGAAAGGGGACCUAAGUAUCACUGAACUGACGGAGGCGAGGAUCCAGUUCAUCAAGCAACAGAUUCUCAAGAAACUGAGGCUAAGUAAGAAGCCAGCUGUGGCUGUGCCGGUGAAUAGUCUGCCGAUGCCGGUUGCCCAGGGCCAGACGUUAAGUCAUGGUACUGAUAAACCACCAGAAUUUGAUGAUUAUUAUGGCAGAACUGAGCAGAAGAUUAUAUUUCCAGUUGAAGGGGAGUGUCUUACUUCCGGCCGAUAUCCGUUCACCUGCUUACAAUUCGAACUUCCGCCGGACGUGGAACCAGAAGAAGUGACUGUUGUUGAACUAUGGUUUUAUAAGGAGCGAGACCCCUUCGACGAAUACAACCAGACUUUUGUAAUAUCGGAGGCAGCCCAUUGGGAUAGCCAACAGCAAUUCAAAAAGACCAAACCAAUCGCCAUCAAGGAGACGGAUAUUGGUGAGGGCUGGGUGCGUGUGGAACUGGCGUGGGCAGUCAGGGUCUGGUUGGAGGGCAGAGAGAGGCUCCAUACAUUGCAUGUUGCGUGCAGAACUUGUCAGUUGCGCCGAGCACCACUCUCCUUUCACGAGAAACAUCGCCCAUUCUUAGUUCUAUACACUAAAUACGCUGGUAAGCGUCGCCAGGGGCGCGCACUAGAGUGUGGGUCUAAUACCAGUGAGUGUUGCCGGGAGCCCCUAUACGUCAGCUUCCGGGAACUGGGUUGGGAUGAUUGGAUCAUACGUCCAGCAGGAUACCACGCUUACUUCUGCAAAGGCUCGUGUUUACCAAUUUCUGCUGUAACUAAAGCGGAUAGUUAUCAUCAUAAUAUUAUUAGGAAAUACUUCUAUUCAGUAUCGAACGAUAAAAGGGCAGAGUUCAAGCCGUGCUGUGCCCCAACAACGUUUAGUUCGUUACAAUUACUCUACAUGGAUUCCAAUAACACUGUGACACAAAAGACGCUUCCUAAUAUGGUGGUAGAAUCUUGUGGGUGUAUGUGA